AACAUUCCUUCUGUUGAUGUGUCGUGAUUGUCCAAUAUAAAAUAUCAAUAUUUUGGAAAUUUAUGAAAGAAAAGCUCUAAUUUGUAACUCAAAAAGCUUAAAUACAUACUAAUAAAUAUAUUUAAUCUUUCAAUGGUACGGUCAUGGACGAUAGGAAUAUGGAAUCUGGCUGUUCUCAUUACAAUGAUGUUGAUAGCGAACACGCUCGGUGUAUAAUUCACAUCGAUGUAGACUGUUUCUAUGCACAAGUGGAGAUGGUACUAAAUCCGGAGUUGCGGUCGGUUCCGCUCGGCAUACAACAGAAGAACAUCGUCGUAACAAGCAACUACGAGGCCAGGAAGUACGGCGUGCAGAAAUGUAUGCUUGUUACGGAAGCGUUAAAACUUUGUCCUAAUUUAAAACUUGUAAAUGGUGAAGAUUUGCACAACUACAGAACUGCUUCUAAUAAGAUAUUUGCAGUUUUACAGUGUUGGAAGUGUCCAGUGGAGAAGUUGGGUAUGGAUGAAAAUUACAUUGAUGUCACAAAUUUAGUACAAGAGAAGAUGAAAUCUGUAAACAGUAGCAAUGUUUCUCAUGCUGGUCAUGUGUACAGUGAGCCCAGUAUAGACUGCCCCUGUGGCUGCCACACCAGACUGAGGAUAACAUCACAGAUAGCUAGUGACAUGAGGAAAAAAAUAUUUGAUGACUUAGGUUUCACAACUUGCGCUGGUAUCGCACACAACAAGUUGUUAGCUAAACUAAUUUGUCCCCAAAACAAACCGAAUGACCAAACUAUUAUAUUCCCUGAACAUGGGACCAGUUUCAUGUCCACUUUACAGAGUAUACGGUCCAUUCCAAGUAUUGGUUCAAAAACUGCAGAAGCACUUAUAUCUAACAAUAUCAUAACUGUAAGUGACUUACAGGAGGCAUCCCUUGAUGUGUUGAAAAAGCACUUUAGUAGUGAUAUGGCAGUCAGAUUGAAAAGUUUAAGUAUAGGUGAAGAUAAUACUCCAGUAAAACAGACGGGUAAACCUCAGAGCAUUGGCCUGGAGGACAGUUUCAAGAUUGUUAGUGUCCGGAGUGAGGUGGAAGAUAAGUUCACUGCACUGCUACAGAGAUUGCUAGUCCUAGUCAGGGAAGAUGGACGUAUUCCAGUCUCUUUGAGGGUCACACUUCGGAAGAAAGAUGCCAAGAGACUGAGUAGUCACAGAGAAUCAAGACAGAGUCAGAUCUCUCCUUCCAUUUUUACCCUUACCAGUGGCACUCUGACAGUGACAGAGGCAGGCCAGCAGAAACUGAUGAACAUAAUUAUGAGAUUAUUUAACAAGUUAAUUGAUUUGACCAAACCAUUCCAUUUAACUUUAGUGGGAUUGGCAUUCACCAAGUUCCAAGAGCGCAUGACAGGCAGGGGGUCUAUAGUGAACUACUUAAUGAAUGAUAUUUCCGUCCAAUCUGUGCUUAAUUUACAAAAUGAAUGUGAUACAUCUGCCACAUCUAUGGAUUACUCUGCAGUGUCGCCAAGCAGUAGCACAACAACCGAUCUCUCUGAUGCUGAAGUUGAGCCAUCACCAAAAAAACCCAAAAAAGUUACAUGGAUAGCAAAAAGAAGAUGUCUGGCCAAAGAAGAGGUUGCAUCUCCAAGUAAAUUAAAAGUUGGCGAACUCCGACUAAACUCAAAAGAGCUUGAAAAGGUGUCAGAACUAAGACUGAAUUCCCGUGACCGAUCACUCACGCCACGCGCCAGUCCCGCAAAAGACAACUUGUCUGAUACAUCAGACACUAUGAGAGACUGUGAAGAAAAGAAUUGUGAUGACUGUCCAAGCUAUGUUGAUAAAGAAGUGUUCAAUGCACUCCCCAACGACAUGCAGAAGGAACUCAAGUCCAUGUGGAAAAACCCCUCUAGCUCAGAGAUGCCGAGAAGUAGUCCUAGAACGAACAAAGCUAAACCGAACACAAUUAUGAAAUAUUUUGUUCCACACAAAUAGUAUUAGUAAGAUUUUAUCUUGUUAAUUAUUUUAAGUGAUAAG